AUGUGCAAAAACCUUGAAAUGAUCUUCCUUCAAAGUCCAAGUAUCAGUCAACUUCUAAACCAAUACGUUAGAGAUUUCAUAUUUAAAGCUAAAAAUGGUCCCCAAUCAAAUGUAUUUUUAACUACUGUAUAUAAUGUCAACCUGCAUAAAAUUUUCACAGCCUUUCACGUAACGAAACUUGGUGGUCAACUAAGAAAAGAUACUGCUAUAAGUAUCGAUAGUGAUUUCAGUUUGGCAACUAAUAAUGUUAGUGAGACAUCUUUAGUAUCUAAUAUCAAUGAUGAUAAUAGUUAUAAGUUCCUUUUUAAUUAUAAAGCAUUUCAAAAAACUCGUGAAAGUAUACAUAAUAUUGAUGAUGAUGUUACUACAAAUGACAUAAAGGAUGAUUCAUCAUUUAUAACAUUUGUAAAUAAUAAUCAAUUAGUUGAGCAAUCAACAACUUUAAUAACUAAGAAACCAACUGCUAAGAUAUUAGUAAGAUUCAUUUGUUCUAAAUGCUUUCAAAGCGAAAGUGGUCAUCUGUUUGAGAGAAAAGGAACUGGUUUAACUGCUAUUGCAGAAUCUAAUGAUGAAGAAUUAAAGCAAGAAACUUUGAAUAAAAUGACCAUAGUUCUUAGUAAAGCAUAUCACCCAACAACUAAAAAUAAUAAACAAAAUAUUACAAAUCAACUAACACUAAUGCCUAGCCUAUUGUUGAAAGAUGACUAUCAAUUAGAAAAAUUAUUAAUUUUAGAGGAUCAAAGCAAUAAACUUGGUGAGGCGUUUGGGUAUGCUAUAUGGAAUAUACGAUCAAAUAUAAUUCAAAAUAAAACAGUACUCGAGUUUCCUGAAUCGUUUGACCAGUAUCCAAAAGCUUCACCGAAAGACUAUUUAUUUGAAAUUGGUACUUCAACAUUUACAAAUCAAAUGAAUCUGAAAUUUGAAAAUACAUUUCAUAGUUUAUUAACAUGUGGUGAAAAAGAACUUGACGUUGAUAAAGUAUUUGAAGAAUUAAUCAAAUAUAUAGCGAUAAAACCAGGUUGUCAAGUACCAGCACCAAAUGUAGUCAUUUUAGAGCCAGGGAAUAAUCCAUGUUCAGAUGAAGCAAUAUAUAAGGCUUGUGAGAUGUUUUUUGAUGAUAUUGGAAAGAAAACUAAUAGGCAUGGCAAAAUUGAUAUAGUUGCAGAUAAAGCAAUUUUUCGACGCUUAAUUUCAUAUCAUGAAAAACAUCCAGAUACUAAUAUUUUAUUAGGUGCUUGGCACAUGAAUAAAGAAAUGUGUAGUGAAGAUGAGUUAAAAUUACUGAUAAGUUCAAUUCAAACAGAAAGAGAACGUCUAGAUCUCUUAUUACAUGGUUAUGUUGGCGAUGAUAUAAUAAUUCCAAAAGAUCGCAAAAUAAUAUCAUGUUAUAUUAUUAUAAAUAGCUUAAAAUCUUCGUUAAUUCAGGUAUUUACCCAACAAAAUUUUACUGAAUUAUUUAAAAAUGCAACUGAGUAUAUAGCAGAAGGAUUUAACAACCUUUUUACUUGUUAUGACCUUGAACGUCAAGCAGAACUACUCAACAACUUUACUAAUGAAAAAGUAGAAAACGUGGCUAAAAGAAAACGACGACAUCUGACAAAAUCAGAACAAGAAAUUUUUGCAAAAUUAAUUGAACUCAAUGAAUUAUCAGCAGAAGAGAUAUCAAGGGUAUUUGUAGAAAUUUGUACUUUACCAGAUACGAAGCCUGAAGAUUGGGACAUAAAAAGGAUUCGAACUCCUUUCCUAUGGAGGCAUCCUUUUAAACUUGCCAAAAAACCUUGUCCGGAACUUAUAGAAAUAUAUACCUCUUUAUUUGAUAAACGAGUUAAAUGUGAACUCAAAGUUGAAGGGAUCAAUAUACCAAUUUUAACUGGACCAAAAGUAUUUGAUUAUCCAAGUUUCCUACGUGGUUUUCGUUUUGACGAUCUAUAUGAGUCAACUUCAGCUUGGUUACAAGACGGUUAUGAUAAAGGGCGACAAAUUAAACGAGAAUCCGAGGUUUUUGACGAUCUUCGUGUUAUUAAAAUAUUGGUAAACGAACUUUGUAAAUUAUUUUUUAGUAAAACACGGGUUAUCGAAUCUCUUUCACUCAACACUCAACGUCUCGUUGGUUUGAUUGAUCGUCGGUUUUGGUCACAUCAUCCUGGUGAUAUACAAUAUACACCUACUAGCUUUGAGGAUUUUCGUGGUGCCUAUGGGUUUGAUGAUCUUCUAAAAUUACCUUCAUAUUUUGGUGCAAGCACUUGUUUACCUUUCUUGCAAAAGUUUGAGUAUGGAGGUGAUGCAACUGAUGGAAAAAUUAUGGAAGUUUUAUCAAUGAUUUGCAAGAAUCUUGAUACUCUUGAAAUAAGUUUUUCUUCAUGGCAAAGGAAACAUGCUGACCCAAUGAUGAUGUUAAGUCUUUUACAGGCUCAACAUUCAUUGAAACGUGUGGUUCUUCGACGUGGUGGAUCAAAUUGUCUUCCUGUGCUAAUAGAAGGCUUGAAAAGUCAAGCAAAUUCGUUAAAUUAUUUAGAGUUUAACGGAGCUGAUUUUCGAAUUUCUGUUUCACUUGAAGCUUUAUCAUAUUGCGUUAAUUUGGAAACAUUAAUAUUCGAUAGGUGUCUUGGAUUGUCUGAUGAUAUCGUAGAGCCUUUAUCAACUGCAACAUUUAGUCGACUAAAGAAAUUUGUGUUUAGGAAGAGUAUUGGAUUUCGAGAUUUACGUACUAUUCUUGCUCCUGCGAUUCAGAAUAUUCCACCUAAUGCACCUUUUCCUGUCAUGCCAGUGCCUUCAAUUUCAUCAAUACACCCAAAAAGAACAUCAUCACUUAAUCAUCCACUUGCACUUAUGAUCCAAAACACUGACGGAAAUUUGCAAGAUAUUCGAUUAGGCAAAAAAGUUUGGAAUGUUAGACGACCGUUAGGAAUAGUUGCAAGAGGUGUAGGUGAUUUUCCACCACCAUCAGUUCUUUCAACGAUUUCAAUGUAUUGUCCUAAAUUAGUAGUAAUUGAGACACAUGUAAGCAGAGAAACGCUCCCAUAUUUUCAAGCAGUUCUUGAGACAUGUAUACAUAUAGAACAAAUGCAUAUAUCGAUCGGAACCGAAUUAAUGGAUGAUGAAGUAUUUUGGAAAGAUAUGUCAUUAAGAUUACCUGUUAAAUUAAGAAAUCUAAUGAUCGUUAUUGAAGGAACAUUUUGGUUGAUGGUGUUGCAUUGGCUACUGGGAAAUUGUAAAGCACCUUUAGAGUUAUUACAAUUUCCUAGAAGUAAUUGUAUUGAUGAUGAAUAUCUGUGUAUCAUUACACAAUAUGCAAAGAGGAUCGGAACGCUGAAACGACUGGCACUGGCAAAACGUACAAAAGUUACUUCUGAAGGGAUGAGAAGAGCAUUGAUGGUUUUAGAAAGUGUUACUAAAACCGGCGAGUGGGUUGGUAAUGAUGACAACUUGAGAUAA